UAUCAUCUCGAUAUAUAAUGGUAGCUGUGUAGGUUGACCUCUCUACAUAUACCUCUCUGGCUCUCAGUCUCAUCAUCGGCUUAUAAGAAAGCGAUCAUGAAUAGAGCAGAAAAUUCAGAUUCCAUCCCAAUAGAUCUCAUUCUAGAGAUAUUCUUGAGAUUGCCUUCAAAAUCAGUAGGGAGGUUUCAUUGCGUGUCCAAGCUAUGGCGAUCCAUGCUUAGUUGUCCAUAUUUCAAAGAGUUGUACUUGACCAGGUCAUCUACUCGACCACGUCUCUUAUUUGUUGUCCACAGCGUUGGUGAGGAAGAGGAAGAGGAAGAUAAACUACACUUUUACUCGUCCUCACAGCCUCAAAUUCCUUAUGACAAGUCGUCUCUUGUAGUAGCCGCCGAUUAUCAUACGACGUUCCCUUCAGAACGUUGUAGCUAUGCAUCUGGUUUGAUAUGUUUCCGUGGAAAGGGCUGCUCAGGGGAGGAAGCAAUGACUCUGAUAUGUAAUCCUAUCACGGGACAGUAUGCGGAGUUACCUAAAGUGAUCAUGUACUUUCGGUCAACAGCUUUUUUAGGGUUUGAUCCAAUUGACAAACAAUUCAAGAUAUUGCUAGAGCAUUUUCGUUAUUCUUCUGCAACUCAUCGUCAUAUAAUUUUGACAUUAGGAGUUCCCAAACUUGGGUGGAGGAGUGACAUCUGUUGUCCAAAAUACUACUUAUAUUUGUCUGAAGGAAUAUGCAUCAGUGGAGUUAUAUACUACCUAGUUCGUGCAAGGUACUCAAAAGGAGUACAUGAAAUAGUUUGUUUUGAUGUUAGGUAUGAGGAGUUCAAGGUUAUUGAAGCACAAUGCUUUUACAAUCAUCAUCAAACUCUCCGAUUGAUAAACUAUGAGGGUAAAUUAGGUGGGAUUACUGGGAAUCUUAAUGACAGUGGUGCCAUUGAGUUGCGUAUGUGGGUUCUACAUGAUGUCGAGAAACAAGAAUGGUCGGAAUAUGUCUAUACUUUGCCUGAGAAUGAUGACAUUAAACUCCACGAUUUUACCGUUGCUGGAAUGACCACUAGAGGUGAAUUUGUUUUGUCUAUGAUCGAUACAUUUAAACCUUUUUAUGUUUUCUACUUCAAUCCCGAAAAGAACGCCCUCAGGAGUGUUGAAAUCCAAGGUUUUGGUGAGGAUGUUAGUAGCGUUGAAGUCUUUGUAGACCAUGUGGAGGAUUUCAACUUUUUAAGAAGAGAGUCUAGCUAGUUUGGCUGUUGUGAUGUUCAUGUGACUUAUCUCAUCUUCAAGUUUUGUUUUUUUUUUUUUUUGGUAAAACAUCUUCAAGUUUUGUUGUGAGCUCUUAUCAUUCUGUUUGGCUUAUUAUACAUUAUAUACUUUCUUUCGGGUUUUCAUCUCUAUGCUCUCACUUCAACUAUCAGACCCGAUAGGGCGAAUCCACUCAAUGCUUUAGUGAAAUUCUCUUUAUUCUUUAAGAUUUGACGUCUAUAUCGUCGUUCUUUUAUAUUUUUUAAAAAUAUUAACGAUUUAUUUCUUGAUAAAUACUCAAGAACCAUUAAGGAUACGAAUGGUAACAUACGGGACAACACGGUGGGAUAAGUGUGGUGCGAUUCAAAUAGUAACAAAGAUUGUAUAGAUAUAUAGGUAUACUAGGUGUUUUGCCCGCGAUGUGGGUUUAAAAUUUUUUCUAAAUUUUUGAAAAGUUCUUUGAAUACUAUACUAGUUAUAUUGUGUUUCACAAAAGAAUUCUUGCGAUCAGUUUAGUAUCAUCUAUGCAUUGUAUACUCUCGAAUAUAUAAAUAUAUAUAUUUCUGAACAAUUAAAUAUUAAAAUAUUUUAGUGGUAUAAUUUAAACUUGGGUCUCUAGUCAAAAAAAAAAACUUGUUUCCAAUUUAUGUAAAGAAUAUUAUUUUUUUGAAUGAGCAAAGAUUUAAGGAUGGUUAUUGUUUUAAGAACAUUAACUUGUUAUUUCUGAAUAAUUAAAUAUUAAAAUAUUUUAGUGGUAUAAUUUAAACU